CUUUCGACAGGGAUUAUAAGCAAACACAAAAACUCGUUUAUCUCGAUUUUUCACUAACCUUUAGUCAAACGCAACAACGAGUCGAACUAUAUAAAUUGAAACGCACGUCGAGUUGGAAAACACAGUCUCACUAUAAUUACGACUAACUAAAGAAUGGCACAUAUUUCUGUAGUUUCACUCACCCAAGUUGUUUUGCUGUUGGUUUUCAUCUGCUGGACGUCGAGUUCGACUGGCGCUGCCUUUUCCAUGGACGAAAAAUUCGUACAAUUAAAGGAAAAUUACAUUCAAAUGAAACAACUCUUUGAAUCGACAGCGAUUGAACAGCAGGAAAAAAUGACACAACUGGAGGCGAAAUUCGAACUAAAUAAUGAACUAAGACAAGAUUUGGCAUUGAAAGUAACUCAGUUAGAGGCCAAAAAUGUCCAACUGGAAGUCAAAAUUGAAAAACUGGAGGCCAAAGUUGAACAACAAGAUUCGCUUUUAACUUCCCUUUUACGAGAUAAAAAUGAACGCACAACAGCAGCAAACGACUUUGAUUCUGUUUCAAUUAACAAUAAUCUAUCAGCAGUUGCCAUCAACGGACUGCCGUCUUCGUGCGGGGAUCUCAAGAUGAUUGGCCACAUUUGGAGCGGAUUUUAUUUAGUCAUGGGAUCGGCGAAAAUGGAAUCCGUUUACUGCGAUUUCACUAAACUCCCUAGCGAUGCGGGUUUUGAGAAAUGGAUCGGAUACGCCGACGUCAAAUCGGCGCCCGUCAAUUUCUACGUGCAAAGAGAAUCUGAUUUUAACACAGAAAACACUCCGAUUACGUUCAAUUUGGCUCGGGUGAACGAAGGAAAUGCCAUGGAUAUGACCACGGGGAAAUUCACGGCACCGCGACCGGGAAUUUAUUUUUUCUCUUUCGCGGGAACGGCGCGUCUUGAUUCUUCUUCAUCUUCGGCUUGGUUUAAUUCUUAUCUUUAUUUGAACGGGGAUCUAAUCGGGACGAGUCAAGUUCGAGAGGAUAAGGGCCCCGUUUCUCAAUCUAGUCCGUUGACCCUCCAGUCGACGCUGAACUUGAAAAAGGGCGAUCAAGUCUGGGUGGGGAUUGAAUAUUUUGAUGGUUCAUCCUCGUUUUUGUAUGAAUACCAAGAUUCACAUCAAUUAUAUUACCACUUUACCCAUUUUACGGGUUUCAUGCUGGAGGAGGAAAUUUUGGCCUCCCUUUGAGGUUCAACUAACAACUAACUA